GCGGCUGCCGCGGCACACUCUGCUGCCGAGGAGAGGAGAGUGCUCGCCUUCGCCGGCCGAGAGAGAUAGAGUUGGAGAGAAGUGAGAGAGAGAGAGAGAAAGAGAGAGACCCUUGCAAACGCACUCAAUCUCGCGCACUCAACGCAGGCAAGCUGGGUACUUCAUCCGCCGCCGACCCGCUCAACUGACGCUCCAGCAGCGGCGAACUUGCUCGUCGGCACCGGCCUCGGAGGUGGAUGAGGCCGUUAUGAGAGUGCUGGUGGUGCUGCUCGCGCUGAGUGGCUGCUGCCUGGCCCAGCUGUCGGUCAAAAUGCCCGGCGACAUCGUGCUGGGCGGCCUCUUCCCCGUGCAUGAGAAAGGCGAGAAAAGCCCCUGCGGCGCCAAGGUAUACAAUCGCGGCGUGCAGAGGCUAGAGGCGAUGAUGUUCGCCGUUGACAAAAUCAACGCCGACAAAACGCUGCUGCCGACCAUCAGACUCGGCGUCAACAUACUGGACACGUGCUCUCGGGACACGUACGCGCUGAACCGCUCGCUCGAGUUCAUCCGCGGCUCACUGAACAACCUAGACGUGUCCGCCUUCGAGUGCAACGACCGGCGACCGCCCAGAAUCAGGUCCAACUCAACCGGGCCUGUUUUCGGAGUGGUCGGAGGCUCGUACAGUUCCGUGUCGCUGCAGGUUGCCAACCUGCUGCGGCUGUUCCACAUUCCACAGAUAUCGCCGGCGUCGACGGCAAAGGCACUGAGUGACAAGAGCCGCUUCGACUACUUCGCACGCACCGUACCGCCGGACACAUUCCAGGCUAUCGCGUUGGUGGAUAUUGUCAAGAGCCUCAACUGGUCGUACGUGAGCACCGUAUACUCCGAGGGCUCGUACGGCGAGUACGGCAUCGAGGUGUUCCACCGCGAGGCGCAGGAGCGCAACGUGUGCAUCGCGGCUGCCGAGAAGGUGCCCAGCGCCGCCGACGAGCGCGUCUUCGAAACCAUCCUCGGCAAGCUGCUCAAGAAGCAGAACGCCAAGGGGGUCGUGCUCUUCACCAGGGCUGAGGACGCCAGGGGGCUGUUGAACGCGAGCAAGCGGAUGCAAACUUCGCUGCACUGGAUCGCGAGCGACGGCUGGGGCAAGCAGCAAAAGCUGGUCGAGUCCCUGGAGGAGGUGGCGGAAGGAGCCAUCACCGUCGAGCUGCAGUCGGAGCACAUGCCAGGCUUCGACGAGUACAUGAUGUCCCUCACGCCAGACAACAACCACAGAAACCCCUGGUUUGAUGAGUACUGGCAGGACACCUUCAGCUGCAUCCUGCCGCAGUACAUGAAUGCGGAGGACGUUGAUCAGGAGAUCUGCAGUAUGGACCUGCGCCUCUCGGAGAAGGUGGGCUACGAGCAGGAGUCAAAGGUGCAGUUCGUGGUGGACGCCGUGUAUGCGUUUGCCUACGCGCUACACAACCUGCACAGAGACCUGUGCCGUCCCAAGGACAAGGUUUGUCCAGCCAUGGCCACAUAUGACGGCGGGGACUUCUACAGGAACUACUUGCUCAACGUCGCUUUCAAAGAUUUGGGCAACAGCGAGGUGAAAUUUGACAGCCAGGGCGACGGUUUGGCGCGCUACGACAUUCUCAACUACCAAAAGCUCCCCAACACCUCUGGCUACCAUUACAAGGUCGUGGGCAAGUGGUUUCACUCUCUCGAGCUCAACAUCGACGAACUCGUGUGGAACCGGGGCUCGGACGUCAUUCCCACCUCAGCCUGCUCGUUGCCGUGCGCUGUCGGCAUGAUCAAAAUGCAACAGGGUGACACGUGCUGCUGGAUUUGCGACAAGUGCGAGGACUACGAGUUCGUGUAUGACGAGUUCACGUGUCGAGACUGCGGGCCUGGCAGAUGGCCCUACCCGGACAAGCUGUCCUGCUUCGACCUGCCGCUGCAGUACAUGCGCUGGGACAGCCUGUUUGCCAUCGUGCCAGCCGCCAUCUCCUGCUUAGGGAUCAUCCUCACCAUGGGCGUCGUGAUCCUCUUCAUUCGCAACAACGACACUCCUAUAGUGAAAGCGUCGGGCCGCGAGCUGAGCUACUUGCUGCUCGGAGGCAUCCUUUUGUGCUACCUGAACACCUUUGCCCUGCUGGUGAAGCCGACCACCACCUCGUGCAUCCUGCAGCGCUUUGGGGUCGGCGGCGGCUUCUCCAUAAUUUACGGGGCGCUGCUCACCAAGACAAAUCGCAUAUCCAGAAUUUUUGAUUCGGCCGCCAAGUCGGCUAAAAGGCCCGACUUCAUCAGUCCCAGAUCGCAGCUCAUCAUCACGUGCACUUUCAUUGGAGUGCAGGUGCUGUUCACGGCGGUGUGGCUGCUGGUGGAGACGCCGGGCACCAGGCAUUACUACCCUGACCGCACGCAGGUCAUCCUCAAGUGCAAGAUUCACGACUCGUCUUUCCUCAUCUCGCAAGUCUACAACAUGUUGCUCAUCACGAUUUGCACCGUGUACGCGGUCAAAACCAGGAAGAUCCCGGAGAACUUCAACGAGUCCAAGUUCAUCGGCUUCACCAUGUACACGACCUGCAUUAUCUGGCUGGCGUUCAUUCCAAUCUACUUUGGAACCGGCAACUCCUAUGAGAUACAAGUAACCACACUCUGCGUAGCCAUCAGCCUGAGUGCUUCAGUAGCUUUAGUCUGUCUGUACUCGCCAAAGAUUUAUAUCAUUGUCUUCCACCCGGACAAAAAUGUACGGAAACUCACAAUGAACAGUGCAACUUACAGGAAAGCGCCUACCAGUAGCACUUCGGCCAAUCACGCCGAAACUUUCUUGUGAUCGACUCAAUCAAAAAGCAAGGCUUGUUUCAGCGAUCCUUAAUUUCUUGAUUGAAGAGAGAAGUGCCCGCGCGUCGCGAUCGGCAGUGCCUCGGCCGCAGCACGCAUAAUAUGAACUCUAGUCGCAUUUAAUAAAUAGUAAUAAUGUAAGUAAUUUUUUAUGUACGCUCUGCUUCGGCUCGGAGCGUCGAGGCAAACGCACGUCUGGCCUGCCCUCGCGACGACGCACCGGCUCUCGUACGCUGCUGCAUUUGAUUAAAUUUACGAAGAGUGCUCAAAAUGUAAUAUUGUCCCAUAAGGGAUAGGCAGAUACUCGCGCCUGGUGCGUUUUUCCUUUCCUUUUUUGAACAAAUUUCAAUCCGGGAUGCGUGCGUGCGUGCGCUUGAAUGAGUCAAAAUGGUAUCACACAUACUCGCAUGUAAAUGUUUAUUUAUUUCCCCCUCCCCGGCCCGAGUCGUGUGAAAGCCGAACUGACAAUUCUAAAAGGGACGUGUGAGAGUAUAAUGGUCAGUGCUAAUUUUUGCUGCAGCUGACUUUUUUAUAAUUUUCAACGUGCUCAAAGCUUACUCUUAGAGACUUAGUUCGAUCAUUUAAUGUGUCGUCAUACUUCUGUGUAAGAGGCCACACAAUCCCAUAAACACUGCAAUCAAAGGGUUGAACCUCGACUUGAUUUUGCAGUGUGAAUUGUCUCAAACGGUUUCUCACAGUCCAGAUUUUGCAAGAAUGCUAGGAAUAGGAAUUGGCUCGGCAAUUUUAGUCGGAAAUUUGAAACCAAAAAAGGUGUUUUCAUUCUAAGAUGGAGAACAUUUUAUGUUAAUUUAACGUAUCUAGUCAAUGAGCCAAAACAUUAUUAUUUUAAUAUUUUCCAACUUACUGGACCCUUAAUAAAAAUUUCUUUUGCAACACUUUAUAAGUUGCUGAAUUAUAUUUUAGAUUUUUAAAUAAAAUUAUUUAUUUUUAAUUUAUUCAUUUUAAUUACAUCAGUUUUAAGGACCUAUAUGUAUUAAGAAUAAAAUGCAGCCGACUAAAAUUACCAAGUCUCUAUUGUUAGAGGUGUGAUUAAAGUGAUUAGUUCUCGUCAUUUCGUCUUUCGUGUCUGACCUAAGUUUUACUCAAAUGUAUUUUUUAUAACUUGAAUUAAAAAUGCGCCUUAAAGAACAGUGAGAUUUCGAAGUAAUACUGCUAAGAAACGGUUGACUCUUUUGCUUCGUUGCAUUCGCCGACAAGGAAAUCGGCAACUUUGGUUCUUGCAGCACCUGACUUUCGAGACCGUUUCCUCUCCCUGUUGAGCAGAGCCUGAACGUAUAUUUAUUACUCCGCUUCUCUCUCUCUCUCUUUCUCGCUCUCUCGCACAACCCGCCAUCCUGUUUCCGCAACUCUGCGCGUACUUAUAUAUAUAUAUAAUACAUAUAAAAUAUUUUUAAGACUGAAUGUUCAAAACGAUAUUCCAUAUACUCUCGCACUAUAUGGUGUAUACGCUGCUAUUUGACAAUUGUUGAAUUUCAUCAAUGGUCGCUGUGAUUUCGCGGUUAAGUUUAACUUACACUCCUGCUGCCUGUUUGAUUGUUGCGUGUCUCUUCAAUUUGUGAAUAUUUUGAAUAGAGAUGACUUCCUCCUACGUUUUCUCGUGUAAGCCAACUCGAUUGAUGUACAAACUAUAGCUUUGUUAAAAAAAAGGUUGAUGGUCGACGCAAUGAUGUUAAUUAAACUGUGUAUCUCGCAUCAUUCCCAAUCAAAAUUGUGUAUAAUAUACUCUCUCUCGUUCGGCAAAUUCAGCCUACUCUGAAUCGACUCCUGAAACUGAGCCUUCGGAUUGGUCCAGCGGAGGCUGAAUUUCAUCAGUUAUAUCUCUCUUUCUCGUCGAUAAAAGUCGUUUAGCAGAUGAAUGUUUUUAAAUAAGCAGACAGUCGGUGUUUCUGUACAAAUAUGUAAGAAGAGGAAGUACGUUAAUUUUGAGAGUAUAAAUGCUGCGAUGGGCGCAUGUCGUGGAAAACAAAAUACAUAUCAGCAACAGGGACUAUCUUAACGAGUAAGAGCAAGCUAAGAAUGUUGUACAUACACACCACGUCGACGGAUGUAUGUAUUUCUAUCGAAACUCACAUCUCACUCACCGAGGAUAUCACUACUGUGUCGGACGAAAAACUACCCCCGAAACCGCAAAGGAGAGCAAAAAGGGCUCUCUUCAUACCAAAGAUUAAGAAUAAUAACACACGCAUUAUCUGUCUCGUAACAAGUGCGACAAUUACGAAGGAAGAAUAUCAAAGGUUAUAUAAGUACACAAUUUCAAUAGAGAUUUCUGUUCAGAAGAGCUCUCUGCUUCUAUUUUUUAGUGCUUCGGCAUUUGGUUCGAAAUUAAUCGAUAAAUAUUACUAGGAGAAAAAUGUGUAUUUGCCUGCAAUAAUGGGACGUCAUCAACACGUUGCAAUCGCUGUUCUCUGUACAAUGCGUGUCGAAUUUUGUUAGGAAACCACGGGAGCUCUUGUUCAGUUGAUAAUUCUUUUUG